AUGGAGAGAAACUGUGUGGGCGGAGUGGGUGAGACGAGAGAUAGAACAGUGUUCUCUGCAGUGGUUGGAGGAGGUGUUAGGGGGCUGAAGGAAGGCUAUAGAGAAAGAGAGCAAAAUAUAAUUCUAUCAGUUCUGUAUUUACUGAAGAGGAAAAGUGAGUUAGGAGGGCAAACUGUGAGGAUGUAACCCCUGUUAGCGUCCCCUCUUUACCAUAUGCAAGGCGUGACCUUGCUUUCCAAACUCUGAGCUAUGACCCAGAGCUGGUGGGAGUAAAGCUCUCGCGGCAGAAGCAGCUCUCCGUGUGGGCAGAGAACAUUCCCCCUCACACUCAGCAAAGCACUGGGAGGCAGCAGGCAGCACACACACACACACACACGGACACACACGUGGACACACACGGACACACACACGGGCACGGACACACACACGGCCACACACAUGCAUGCAUGUACACACACACACUCACACACACACACUUUACUCCUACUAUAUACUGUAUAUUUGAAAUGGUACCUCACAGAUUGUCUCAUGCUACAGGGAAACUGUGUUGAAUUUUAGAGGAUAUAUAAUCAAAUCCCAGGGCUUUACGAAGGAGGGAUCAAAUUUAUUUCUUCUAGUGCCAGGCAUAUUGGAAAGUAAUGAAUUUUACUGCAGUCCCAUUCAUCAUGGUGAUUGUUGUCAGUAGUUUCAGUGCAGAGCUGUACGUUAGUGCUGUGUGUUUGAGCUGUGUGUUUGUGCCGUGUGUUUGAGCUGUGUGUUUGUGCCAUGCGUUUGAGCUGUGUGUCUGAGCUGUGUGUCUGUGUUUCACAGUGAGGAAACAGGAGAUCAUCAAGGUGACAGAGCAGCUUAUAGAAGCCAUCAGCAACGGAGACUUCGAGAGCUACACGUAAGUAAACAAACCAUAUACUGUACCUUCCCAUUGCUGUUCACUCACAGUCUUGCUGUACAUUCUUAGAAAAAAGGUUUCCAAAAGGGUUCUUCAGCAGUCCCCACAGGAGCACCCUUUUUGGUUCCAGAUAGAACCCUUUUGGGUUCCAUGUAGAACCCUCUGUGGAAAGGGUUCUACCUGGAACCCAAAAAGGUUCUACCUGGAACCAAAAAGGGUUCUUCAAAGAGUUAUCCUAUGGGGACAGUCAAAGAAACCCUUUAGGUUACAGAUAACCCAUUUUUUCUAAGAGUGCAGAUAAGUAACAUAGAUGGAAUAGAAACAUAUGUUAGUAACAAUCUGUUUCAGUGCAAUUCCACUGAUAGAGUCUGAUUAGCUCAAUUGUAACAGUGUAAUUGAUAACUCAGGGUUUAGACGUUAAUCUAAGAUGGCAUUAAGGUGGUUGUGAGGGGAAACUGCUUAGGUCUAUGUCCUUACUGAUUUAGAGAUAGAGCAUCAGUCCCAGUGCAUUUGUCUUUUCCUCUAAUCAAGGAGGGGAAAAAACUGUCUGCCAAUCAAGGCCAUUUGGAGGCUAAACAAGCUGAUCCCUUGAUCAUGAAUAGUUUGAUGUACAUAUGCUGCAUGGUAAGAUAUUCCAUGUGAACCAUAUGAAUAACGUUUUAUUUCAGUAUAUGCAGCUCUAGAAAUGUGUAAAUGGUAAAAGUGAUCAAUUCAAUAUCCCAAUAUCCCAUCUUGAAGUGCCUGAGUAGUGUGACUCUCCCCCAGCCCACUGCGCAGUGCCAGAUAUAGAUUUCUUCAGCAGCAUGUUUUUCUCCAAACUUGGCAUUCUGAGUGAAGUAACAACCCCCCAGCCUGUCCCUCGCAUGUCUGUCACAACUUGCAGCCAGGGGGUCAUCAGAGCACCUGUUCAAAACCGAGGGUAUAAAAUUCCCAUCCAGGGCAGGAGGCGAUCUGCCAUGGAAAUGGAAAACACUGCACUUUUUUACACUGUGUCGAGUGAGUCACAUGCCCCAAAAUACUGCAUGAGCAGCUCUGACUGGAGGGUCAGUCUCAUCGCUUCACUGAAGCAUUUCAAAGAGCAGAACAGAAGAUAACCCUUGCUCUAUUUCUCUCCCGUUGUCUUACUGUCUCUAUCCCUGACUCUGUCUGUCUGCUUCUGUCUCUCUAUUUCUUUGUCUCACUUUUUUCCUCUUUCUCCCCCCCCCCUCUCUCUCUCUCUCUCUCUCUCUCUCUCUCUCUCUCUCUCUCUCUCUCUCUCUCUCUCUCUCUCUCUCUCUCUCUCUCUCUCUCUCUCUCUCUUUCUUUCUCUCUUUCUUUCUCUCUCUCUCGUCUCUUCCUCCUGUAGGAAGAUGUGUGACCCCAGUGUGACAGCGUUUGAGCCAGAGGCUCUGGGUAACCUGGUGGAGGGCCUGGACUUCCAUCGCUUCUACUUUGAGAACUGUAAGCUGCUCUGCUCCCUCCCUGCCUCCCCUUCAUUCCUACCAUAUAUCUUUUGAAAUUAUACAUAUACAUUUUACAUUAUACACAGACAGUUUCACGCUAUAGGAAAACUGUGUUGAAUUUGAAAGGAUAUGUAAUCAAAUCCCAAGGCUGUACACAGGAGGACUAUAAAACUAUUGCUAUACAGCAGUAACAACCCAUUUAUUGUCCCAGUGAGGGAGAGAGUGACACUAUAGUAUAAUUUAUCUUUGGAAUGCACUUUAAUAACCCCUUUGUGCCCAUAACCUCUAGCUAACAGUAUCCAUAAUAAGUGACAAAAUGCAAUUUAUAUUUCAUUAGAUGUGGUUAAGACUUUUAUUUUAUUUUAUUUUACCAUUUUAAACACAAUACAACCACAAAAUGCUUGAUGAAAAUACAUGAAAACAAAAUAUACACAAGAUUAUAACAUGAAAACAAAAUAUCUCAAAUACAUCUAAUCAAUAUAAAAUUGAUUGCCAAGUAACAUUCAUUGAAACAAUUAUACUUUCUCUAAGCCUGUGCAGUUUUAAAGCAUUUUGCCCAUAAACCAUUUCUUAAAGUUGAUCUUAAAAUUCCCUAGCGUAGGGAUGGAUUUUAUAUGGUUUGGUACACCAUUCCAUUCCUUUGCAGCAGUGUUAAUGAAAUAGCUUUUUCCAGCCAUGCUCCUAUAUCGCAGUGGUCUGAUAUAGGCAACACUGGCUCUGGUGUGAUGGCUAUGAGAGUCUCUAAUGAAAUUAAAAUAACCAGACAGGUAACUGGGGGCAAGAUAAUUUAUAACUUUAAAAAACAUCAACAGUUUGAUCUGCACCACCAGAUCAACUGGAAGCCAGUUCAGUUCCAUGAAAUUAUUAGGACAAAUGUGCGUCCUAUGGCUGAGCUUGAGUAUAAUUUUCAUUCGUUUAUUUUGGGACGUUUGAAAUUUGUCUUUCAGAUUUUUUGUUAUGCCACUGAACCAUGAGAUACAAGCAUAGUCAAAGUGGCACUGUAUCAGAGAUGUUGCCAGGGUCCACAUAGUCUCUGUAUGCAAGAACUUGGCUACCCUUGCCAGGAACUUUGUCCUGGAGUGAACCUUCCCAAUGACCUUCAGAGCCAUGAGUUCACCUAUCAUGUGGUGGUCCAGUUCACAUCCCAAGUGUGUAACAGAGCAUUUUUCCUUCACCGCUACACCAUUACACUUGACUGAGAAGUUGGAAGAGUUUAGCUCUUUGUGUUUGGAACCAAACAGGAUACAUUCUGUCUUGCCUAAAUGCAAAGACAGUUUGUUGUCAGAUAACCACUUACUGACUUUAGUCAGUUCGCUGCUUAGGGUCUCCUUAUUCUUAUGUGAAACCAAGAGGGCAGAAUCAUCAACAUACAGGAACAGAGGGCAUGGAUAGGCGGAGUCCAUGUCAUUUAUGUAGAACAAAAAAAGCAAAGGCCCCAAAAUGGUCCCCUGGGGGGACACCACAUUUGAUCUCCUUAGCAUCAGACAAUGUCCUGCCCACAUCCACCCUUUGGACCCGAUCCGUUUGGUAUGGAUUCACCCAUCAUAAGGAGUUGGUGCCAAAACCAAUUGCUUUCAGUUUGUACAACAACAUAUCAUGGUUCACAGCAUUACAAAGAAGUUGCCCUUGUCAAUUUAUUGCUUGAUAAAAUCUGUCAAGUAUAGUAAAGAAGUGUCGGUAGAAUAUAUAACUGGACUGAAGGUCAUGUAAAAUGUUAUGGUCAUCAAUGGACUUUAGGAUCUGUUCAUGGAAUGCUCUUUUUAAAACCUUUGACUACACACUCAAGAUUGACACUGGUCUGUAGUACCCUUGUUCAACUUUGCUUCCUUUCUUGCACAAAGGAACAACUCUUGCAUGUUUCACCUCUUGAUUUUGAGGGUUACGUAAGGUCCAAUACGAUCAGCAGCAUCACUCUUGAAUCUAGCUGGGAUGUUAUCCAGUCCAGAAUCUCAUCUAUUUUUGGCAGUAGACUACGUACAUUAAGAUGUAAACAAUGCAAACCUCUGGAGGCGAGGGGCUUGAAAGAGUCUACCUCAGGAAGAUCCGUUUGGGGCAAUUGGUUGAGUUCACCCCCUGAGUUCUCCUUUUCACCAAGGAAGGCUGCUGACUCAAUUGAUUGGUCCUCUGUCCGCUCUCCCACAAGGGGUUCAACACUGUCCAUCUUCACGCAGCAUUGGGCCUCCGCCUCGGAUGGUGGAGCGACCACCCCCUCCACCUGGCACCCGCCAGAGUUAGUCACAGCGAGUCUCCUUAGCCUCUGCCUCACUCCCCCUCUUCUCCCUCGCUUCCUGGGCUUUCCUAUCCAAACAUGGGAUUGCUGUUGUGACUUGACUAUAUCCAUCAUCCCAUUCAGUCCUGGUGGAGAGUAGAAUUGAUGUCUUAGAAGAAGCAGGCUCUCCCGUGUGUACCAGUGUCUAGUUGCAUCUUUAGUUUCCAUGGUUACCACAGGUGAGAAGCACAUCAAAAGCAGCAGAAAUGCAGCUGAAAGUCCUCUGAUUGAAAAAAACCCUCAGUCCAGCAGUUGAAGCAACCAUUCCGAAGCAAUGUACAGAUAACUACACACAUGGCUCCAGGCGAUGAGAUGAUCUAGGAAGAUCUAGGCUGGUAUUUCAAAUCAAAACAGCUAGCUAGUUGAUAAAAAAAAAAACUAGAUUUCUGUAUUCUAUACUGUAACGAAGACGCAGGUAGUCAGGAAGCAGGUGCAGUCAGUGAGUUUAAUAAGAACGAACAUAGAGUGAAUACAAGAAUAAGAGUAGCGUCUGAACAUGAACACAGAAACAAUACUGCCUGAUGGGUGAUAUCAACGGAGUGCUAGAUAAAGGGGGAGUAAUCAGGGAAGUGAUGAAGUCCAGGUGUGCCUAAUGAUGAGGCACAGGUGUGCGUAAUGAAGGUUGCCAGGUGUGCGUAAUGAUGGGUUGCCAGGGCCGGUGGUUAGUAGACCGGCAACGUCGAGCGCUGGAUAGAGGGAGCAGUAGUAGCACUGUGGUGGCGGUCCGCCUGCUCCUUCUGGCGGUGGACAGCGCGUUGGAGCCUCACGUGGGCAGCAUCCCAAAUCUCUACGAGCCGGAACCACUCGUCCACCGCAGGGGCUUCGGUCUGGCUCGGGGUCCACAGGGCCAGGGCCGGCUGGUACCCCAGUACACACUGGAAGGGAGACAGCCCGGUGGAGGUGUGAUGAAGUGUGUUCUGGGCAUACUCCGCCCAGUUAAGGAACCAGGCCCACUCCCCCUGCUGGUCCUGACAGUGACUCCUCAGGAACCUCCCCAGUUCCUGGUUGGUCCUCUCCACCUGCCCGUUGGACUGAGGCCGGUACCCGGAUAUGAAGCUGACCAUGAUCCCCAGCUUCUCCAUGAAGGCUCUCCAUACCCGCGACAUGAAUUGGGGACCACGGUUGGAGACGAUCUCCUCCGGAAGACCAUAGUGCCGGAAGACCAGCUGCAACAGUGUCUCAGCAACCUGGAGAGCAGUAGGGAAACCAGAGAGAGGGAUAAAACGGCAGAAUUUGGAGAACCUGUCCACAACAACCAUAACAGUGGUGAAGCCUUCAGAUGGGAAGAUCAGUAACAAAAUCUAUGGACAGAUGGGACCAAAGCCGCUGAGGCACCGGGAGGGGAAAGAGUUUCCCUGCUGGAGCGUGCCGGGGAGAUUUGGUUUGGGCACAUACGGAGCAGGAGUUGACAUAGCGGGUGACGUCCUGCGCCAAGGUGGGCCAUCAGUACUUAAUGGAGAUGGAUUGAGUGGUGCGGGUGAUAACUGGGUGUCCAGCGGCAAGGGAUGUGUGUGCCCAGGUCAAUAGCCGAUCCCUUACCUCCGUGGGAACGUAGGUGCGUAGGACAGGUAGCAGGCGCGGGUUCCCUCUCCAAAGCCUGGUGGAUGUCCACAUCUAUGUCCCAAAGCAUGGGGGCAAAGAUCCGGGAGGGCGGUAUGAUGGGUGCACUCAGGACAGGAACCUCUCCCGAAUCAUGGAGACGGGACAUGGCAUCGGCUUUGAUGUUCUUUGAACCGAGGCGGUAUGACAGGGUGAAGUUGAAUCUAGAAAGAAAAGGGACCACCUUGCCUGGCACGGGUUCAGCCGCCUCACUCUCCGUAUGUAUUCCAGGUUCUGAUGGUCUGUGAGGAUGGGUCCGUGACGCCCUCCAGCCAGUGUCACCACUCUACUGCCAACUUCACCGCCAGGAGCUCCCGGUCGCUUGGAAUACCGACAGAGCAUUGGCUAAUCCAUAAGGCUUCACCAAGUACUCGUAGGGCCCAGACAUCAUACUGAAGGCCAUCUUCCAUUUAUCCCCCUCCCCGAUAGUCUCCCAGUCCCUGCCGCUGAAAAAUAUCCCCACAGCAUGAUGCUGCCACCACCAUGCUUCACCUUAGGGAUGGUGCCAGGUUUCCUCUAGACGUGACGCUUGGUAUUCAGGCCAAGAUUUCAAUCUUGGACCCUUCUCCCCCGAUUGCUCAUUUUGGCCAGGAGGCCAGCUCUAGGAAGUGUCUUGGUGGUUCCAAACUUCUUCCAUUUCAGAAUGAUGGAGGCCACUGUGUUCUUACGGACCUUCAAUGCCACAGACAUUUUUUGUACCUCGACACAAUCCUGUCUCGGAGCUCUACGGACAAUUCCUUUGAUCUCAUGGCUUGGUUUUUGCUCUGUCAACUCUGGGACCUUAUAUAUACAGGUGUGUGCCUUUCCAAAUCAUGUCCAAUCAAUUGAAUGUACCACAGAUGGACUCCAAUCAAGUUGUACAAACAUCUCAAGGAUGAUCAAUGGAAACAGGAUGCACCUGAGCUCAACUUCGAGUCUCAUAGCAAAGGGUCUGAAUACUUAUGUAAAUAAGGUAUUUCUGUUCUUUAUUUUUAAAACAUUUAAAACAUUUCUAAAAAACAGUUUUUGCUUUGUCAUUAUGGGGUAUUGUGUGUAGAUUGAUGAGGCAAAACAUUUAUUUAAUCAAUUUUAGAAUAAGGCUGUAACGUAAUAAAAUGUGGAAAAGGUCAAGGGGUCUGAAUACUUUUCGGAUGCACUGUAACUAUUAUUUUAUGUAAUUCUAGUGCCCGAUUUCGGGCACUGUUCACUGUUGUGAACAAAGAAAAUAUAAUUUAGUUGUUCUACUUAAAAAGUGUGAAAAACAUUGGGCCAACCAGAAAUAAAUGGGGGAAAUCCGAAACCUGGAAAAACAAAACUGAGAAAACAAAAUUUGGGAAACAAAAUGGAAUUAGGCAAAAAAUUAAAACAGAUUUUAAAAGGUCCUACAAAUGUUUUUUGCUAUGCAUGACUGCACUUUAGAGCGUGUGUCAUCCUGCAGCACAGCAUUUUGGGGGGAAGUUGAGGUCACAUUCAAUAUCGGCUAUGCACCCAAGAGGGAAAGAGGUUGGGCAAUCCUAGAAAUGUUUUGGAGUAAUAUAAUAUAGUAGAUACAAUUUACCAGAUGCUUUUAUCCAAAGCAACUUACAGUCAUGCAUUUUUAAUUUUUUUGGUAUUUUACCCCCUUUUUCUCCCCAAUUUCGUGGUAUCCAAUUAAUAGUUAGUCUUGUCCCAUCGCUGCACCUCCCGUACGGACACGGGAGAGAGUCCUCCGAAAAACACAACCCAACCGAGCCGCACUGCUUCUUGACAUAGUGCCUGCUUAACCCGGAAGGCAGCCGCACCAAUGUUUCGGAGGAAACACCGUACACCUGGCGACCGAGCCUGCCACAGGAGUCGCUAGUGCACGAUGGGACAAGAACCUCCCUGUCGGCCAAACCCUCCCUUACCCUGGAUGACGCUGGGCCAAUUGUGCGCCGCCCCAUGGUUCUCCCGGUCGCGAUAGAGCCUGGACUCAAACCAGGAUCUCUAGUGGCACAGCUAGCACUGCGAUGCAGUGCCUUACAUUUACAUUUACAUUUAAGUCAUUUAGCAGACGCUCUUAUCCAGAGCGACUUACAGUUAGUGAGUGCAUACAUGUUCAUACUGGCCCUCCGUGGGAAACGAACCCACAACCCUGGCGUUGCAAGCGCCAUGCUCUAUCAACUGAGCUACAGGGGACCCUAGACCACUGCGACACUCGGCAGGCCCGCAUGCAUACAUUUUUACGUAUGGAUGAUCCCGGGAAUAGAACCCACUAUCCUGGCGUUGCAAUGCUCUUCCAAGAUGCAUGACAAGGUUAUAAAUGCUUUGUGAAGCCUAUUUAAUAUGAUUUAUAAAGCGUUGCUUAUGUCACCCUUUAUAAAACACAUGGUUAUAUCACAUUUGACAUAGGUGGUUAUGUCACACAGUUAUGCCCUUUAUAGAGCAUGACAUAAAUGUGUGAUUUGUGACACAUUUAUGUAGUAUUUAUGAAGGCUUUAUGAAGUUUUUUAUAAAAAACAAUGCACAUAAAAAACACUUAAAACAAAUAAUUAUAAAGACAUUUGCAGGAGUAAACUACCAAGGUGGCAAUUACAGGAUUACAGGAAGUUGUGGAGAACAGAACCUUGGGGCCAGUUUCUGUAAGUGAAUAUAGUGCUCAUUAGCCGAUGCAGUGGCUGUAGCCAGCCGUGGCUGCCGACAGCACGCUUUUGGUUCAUUUGCUCCCUGAUUUCUCAUUUGUGAUGAGUAAUGGACCAACCCUGCUCCGCUCUAAUCCUCUCAUAUCAGCCACUGUUCUCUCGGGCAGUGGAAACGGCUCUAAUGGGCUUGAUUGGCUAAUUGGGAAAAUGACAGAGCGAGAAAGAGGAAGAGAGAACGUGACGAAGAGAGAACUGGAGAGAAAGGGAUAGAAACAUAAUGAGAGCGUGGCAGGCUGAGAGAGACAUUAAUGAACCCUCUCAAAUAUAAAUUCCAUAAAGCAUUGAUAAUGGAACAGCGACAUCAUCAGUGUGAGAGAGAAUAUAGCACACCAAGUCAUAAACCACUGUGAACAUUCCUGUAGUCAUAGAAUGACUUAUUCAUUGACUAACCAUUGUCUUAUGUGUUUGCUACUCCUCCCCCAGUGUGGUCUAAGAACAGCAAGCCUGUCCACACCACCAUCCUGAACCCCCACAUCCACCUGAUAGGGGAGGAAGCUGCCUGCAUCGCCUACAUCCGCAUCACCCAGUACAUCGACACCAACGGCAUGCCUCGCACGGCCCAGUCUGAGGAGACACGCAUCUGGCACCGCCGCGAUGGCAAGUGGCAGAUAGUCCACUUCCACCGCUCCGGAUCACCCUCCGCCAUCACCAAGUAAGUCAGUCUGGUGAGUGUCUACUGUCUGUACUGGAGACACUCAUCUCAGAUCAGUGCCUGCCAUCUGGUGGGAGCUGUAGCAAUUUCAUGCAGGCCUACUAUUACUCAAUGUCAGAGAUACGUUAGCUAGACAGGCAUAGACUACUGUAAUAUGUUUUCAAUGUUUCUUUUUCAUAUAUUCUAUUCCCUCCUAUUUGUUUUUGAAUGAGGUAAGUUUAACCUCUCAUUUAUCUGUCUAUCCCCUUGUGCCCAGCUGAGCUCCAGAGAGGGAGGGUUUGAGUGAGACGUCUCUCUGAGUGACACUGGUGGGGAACCAGCUGGCUGCGUGGGGACACAGAGGGACGCCCACUGACCGGCCUGAGGAACCACGAGCCCACUGCAUCUCAUCUCUUUACUUGAAAUCAGUUUACUCCUCUCAACUUCGUCACAAGCAAAUCGCAUAAAUGUCACACCAUGUCAGGCUCUCAUGUAUGUAUAUAUGCUGUGCGUUUCAGGAACAUCUCAGCCCUUGUAAUUCUGUCUCUGCUCUGACUUUCUUUUUUUCUUGUCAUAUUUCUUGGCAGAGGCACAAUUAGUACAAAUGGAUAUAUGAGUAGGAUUGAAUCUCUAAAGCAGUUGCCGUAAUCGCCACCUAGAUUUUUUUACACGUGACUUGGCCUUUUCAAUGCAGUUGCACUUACACCAUACCGUUACCCACAGCAAUGCAAUUCUCUGAACCCAGACUUGAAAGCUAUGAUGGAAACAUUAAAGAUGUACCCUGUAUCAUUGAAGCCAAAAUAUCUACUGUAUAUGUUUGUUAACUUGACAUGGAUUGGAUUAUGAGUAGUGGGCAAGCGUUCACAGACAGUGAAAUGUUCCUUUAGAUUAUGAAUGUCUCAUGGUGUAUUCCACAGUUGAUAAUCCACCACCCCAUGAUCAUGGUGCCUCGACCACAUCUAACGUAGACAACAGAGGAAACCAUACUUUCCCCUCACAGGUUUAAAUGGUUAAAUGGUGGACCGCUGGUCUGAAUAGCCACUCACCUCAUGUGAUUAUAUUACUAGGGCAACAAACUGCAAUUUCUGUGCUUCAAUACUAUACACAAACACAUCUUCACAUCUACAGAAACAGCUAUAUUUAACAUGGGUAGAGUACUGUAUGUGGAAGUAAUAUCAAAGCACUUCUUUAGGUUCUUCCAAUGAGGACUGUGGGUAUAUAGAUCUUCCCAUACCUUUUAGUGUUAUCAAUACAAACCCUCUUGCUUGUUAGAGCAGUUUAACUUACUUGCAACGGACAGUGUAAAGUACAGUAUUCUGCCUACUACAGUCCAAAGUAAGAAGCAAUUUGCAAAAGACCACUAACACUACCCCAGGAUUUUCUGCAAUAAGUUAGAUUGUUUUUUAAAAUACUGAAUAGCGUGUUCUGAUAAAGAUUUGGUGUGGAUUUUAAAAUGGCGAUGAUUUUAAGUGACUUUGUUUUGUUGAUGUGUUCCAUUCCUUCUAUGUCUUUACUCUCCAGUGUUAAUAUCACAGUAUAUUGCAUGCAAGUGUAAAAUGAGCAUUGGUUCUCUCUGCUUGGGUAUCUAGUCCUCAAAUUUGUUAAAUGUGACAUUUCAGAUGUACUCUCAGAGAUUUUACAAUUAUUUUAUCUUUUUACUGUCAGAAGAAUGUAAAAAUUGGACAAUUUUGAAAGUUAUAUAAACUCUAUAAGCUACAGUAUUUGUUUCCCUAUGUGCUAAUAAUGAAUUCCUCACAGAAUGUUUGAUAGUGCUGUGAAAAACUGCCAGAAUUGAAUUUUGAUAAUUUUUUUCAAAGUUGUAUACUAUUGGCAGUUCAAUAUAGAUUUAUAUCACACUUUGUACUGUAAAGCAAUUUGUGAACAAAUUUGCUGAAUAUGACACGUUUUCCUCAAAAUAUUUGGAUACUCCAAGAACCCCAAAAGCCAAAUUCUCUGUGUCUUUUCUAGAACUGAUUCUACAGAUUGUAUACUUGUUUUAUACAGUAGUUUAUUCUUAUUGUGAUAAUGGCCAGGCUUACUGCCGCUUUAAUACAGCAUAAGAACUUCCAUCACACUGUUGCUCUGAUGUUGCUGUUGUUUCUUUCCUCGCACCAUUGACAGGAGCACUGUAUAGGAGCACGCCAUAUUAGUAUGCUUUUUAUUAUUCUGGAUAAGUGACACUUUCAUUCUUUUGAGGCAUGCAAGUUUGAAAUGUACUGAAGUUGAUGUGUGUGUUUAGAAAAAUACAUUUUCUAAAGGGUCAAAGUAGUAAUUUGCAAUUGUUAUAUAAUAUAUUGUGAAUGUGGGGCUGUAAAUAAAAGCAUAUUAUA